CAAUGCCUGCCGUGGCAGAUCUUACACACUCACUACAACAUUGCUUAAACAGCGAGAGCAAAGAUAUAUGCGAGAAUGUUAUUGUUGAGAAUCUUACUUGUUGGCUUUUUCCUCUUCGCCUCCGUCGACGCUUGUUCGCCGUCGGACAGGGCGGCUCUUCUUGCAUUCAAGGCAGCGCUGCAGGAGCCCUACUUAGGAAUCUUCAAUUCAUGGACUGGAAAUUCCUGCUGCGGCGGUUGGUACGGCGUCAGCUGUGAUCCUGAAACUCUCAAGGUCACUGACAUUACCCUCCGUGGCGAGUCGGAGGAUCCGAUCUUCGAGAAGGCCGGGAGGACUGGGUAUAUGACUGGCUCGAUUUCGCCGGAGAUUUGUAAGCUCGAUAGGCUUACGGUCCUCGUCAUUGCGGAUUGGAAAGGAAUCUCCGGCGAGAUUCCGAAAUGCUUGACGAAACUAAGCCCUCUUCGAGUUCUUGACCUUGUUGGAAACAAAAUAAGCGGCGAAAUUCCUUCGGAUAUCGGAAACUUAAACAGUCUCACCGUACUUAACCUCGCGGAAAAUGCGAUUUCCGGUAGUAUACCAGCAUCGAUAGUGAAUAUCGGCAGUCUAAAGCAUUUGGACCUCAGAAACAAUCGAAUCACCGGUGAGAUUCCAUCCGACUUCGGGAAAUUACAGAUGCUGAGUCGAGCGCUACUUGGCCGAAAUCAACUCACCGGAUCGAUUCCGGAUUCUGUUACGAAAAUGUACCGGCUGGCGGAUCUUGAUUUGUCGAUGAACGGAAUCUCUGGGUUGAUUCCGGCAAAUAUGGGGAACAUGCCGGUUCUUUCUACUUUAAAUCUGGACAGUAACAGACUCUCGGGACAAAUACCUCCAACUCUAUUGAGCAACGACGGAUUAGGGAUUCUAAAUUUGAGCCGAAACGGUCUGGAAGGGCAGAUUCCGGACGUAUUCCACCCGGAUUCAUAUUUCAUGGCGCUCGACUUGUCGUUUAAUGCUUUGAAAGGUCCGAUACCAAAUUCAUUGUCGUCAGCCAAAUACGUGGGGCAUUUGGAUCUGAGCCAUAACCAUCUUUGCGGCUCAAUACCCAACGGGUCGCCGUUUGACCACCUUGAAGCGUCGUCGUUUACUAACAAUGACUGCCUUUGUGGGAACCCGUUAAGGACCUGUUGAGGAACCGGAUCGGGUUAGAUCGGAAUGGAUGGGUCCGGUCUUGGGGUGUCGGGCAAUGGGGCAUGUUUAUAUUUAUUUAAAAGAAAAAUGUGAUAAUAAAAAUAUUUUUGCGUGGAUUUUUAGUGAGUGGACUGUGGAGGGUGUUCUUAUUAUUUUAAAUUGUUAUUAUUAUUACUUUUUUUUUUCUUCUAAAAUGUAAUCUGAAUCUUAGAAAUAAUUAAAUUUAGUUACUUUUUUUUCUUUUUCCC